AUGAUGGAAGGCAGAAGGGUCAGAGGCCCAGCAGGGCAGGGAGUGAUGGUUAUGGGCUCCGCAGCCUCACACUUUGGGAAGGUUCCUGCUGAUUCUGAUUUCUUUAUAGAAUGAAAAAGAAAAGGAAGAAAGUGUGGGGAACGCGUGAUCCUCUGAGAGACAGAGAGAGAAACAGAGACCCAGCGACAUCAAGAGAGAAACAGAGAGCGAGAGAUUAAGAGACAGAGAGAGAGAGAGAAAAGAGAAGAGGGGCAAGUUGUACAAUUGCCCCCCCCCCUCCUGCCAUAAAACCAGGGUGAGAGCUGGAGGGUGAGGAAUCCGGGAGGCCGAGCAGAGAGAAUGUAGAGGGACAAGAAGAGAGGAAUCCGGGUGGAAGAGGCAGAAGAUACAAGGAGCAGAGAGGGCGCCGGGCGCUGAGGAUGCAGCAUUUAUGGCAUCUGGGAGUCACUAGCGGAGCAGCAGAACCCCAAAGAACAAUGGAACUUGUGAUCCGUCUCUCCAUCGGAACCAUCUUGUUCUUGAGUCUCCUUCCUCUGUGCCAGGCAAAGCUGGCGAGGCCACCAAGAUGGAGAUGCCCCUUGGGCUGCAACUGCACCAUCGACAACGUUCUGUGUGACGGAACCACCUACAUACCCAGCACCUUCUCUACUGACAUCGUCUCAGUAUCCAUCAUGAGAUGCAGGUUCCCGGUGAUCCCCCCUGGGAGCUUCACCCCCUCCAUGUCCCUGCAGAUCCUUCUCUUCACAUCCUGUUCCUUUGAUGCGAUUGCGGACGAUGCCUUCCAGGGUCUUAGGAAUUUGGAAUACCUGUUCAUUGAGAACAACCGGAUCAAGUCCAUUUCCAGGAACGCUUUCCGGGGCUUGCAUCUACUGGUCCACCUGAGUUUGGCAAACAACCACCUGGAAUUCCUUCCGCGCGGCUUAUUCCUCAGUCUCCCGGCUGUCAAACAUAUAGAUUUGCAGGGCAACCCCUUGCACUGCGGCUGCCCAAUUAAAUGGCUGAUGCAAUGGACCCGCGGAGUAGGGAAGAACAUCAGCCUUCGGCCUCCACUGCCCUGCGAGGAACCUGCAAAACACAGAGGGAAGAGCCUGGCCGACCUGACGGACAAAGACUUUAACUGUGUGAAUACCAGCAUGGUUCGGCGUUGGACCUUCAAGCUCCCAUCUCUUUCAGUCCAGUCAUUUGACUUUCUCUCAGACCAUUUUGUGGUGAUCACUCAUCCCUUCGAAGGCCGCUGCACCUUUCUGGAGUGGGACCAUUCAGGCCACGUCUUCCGGCACUAUGACAGCAUCAAAGGUGUGUCUGUUGUCUCCUGCCUUCCUAUGGUUAUAGGAGAUCAGCUCUUUGUGGUUGUUGCACAGCUAUUUGGUGGCUCCGCUGUCUACCGACUCGACCCCUCUCCUGGCCUCAUCUCCCCUUUCCGUAUAUCACAGCACUUGCCUGAUAUUCGUAAACCCAACGACAUAGAGACCUUCACAACGGGGGACGGCGACCAUUAUUUCAUAAUAGCAGACAGUGCCAAAUCUGGAGCCAGCACUCUGUAUCGGUGGGACGGCCGGGGCUUCUACCCUCACCAAAAACUCCCCCGUUGGUACAAAGACACAGAUGCCGAACCGUUGUUCCUUUCAGGCUCCCCACAUCUCAUCAUGAGCAGCAGCUCCCAAAGGCCAGUCGUCUAUCGAUUUGAGGACAAGCAACUCCGGCGCCUCACCGAUAUUCCUGAAGCUUGGGAUGUCUACGCCGUGAAGCAUUUCACAGACCCCGAGGAUGGAAUAUUUGCCUGUUUGGUUCGAUAUAUGGGAGACUCGUCCCUGGUGCGGUGGGACGGCUCCGUGUUUAAGGAGCUCCAGCAGAUUCCUUCUAGAGGUUCCCACGUCUUCCAGCCUCUAUUUCUGGGACGCCGAUGGUACGCCCUUUUGGGGCAGGAUUUUGGUUAUGUUUGGGUUUACAAAAUGGAGAAGUGGGAUCACUGGGAGGUGGAAGAGGGAGGCGAUAGGCAGAAGCAAAAGGGACCUCUUGUUCUUGCGCAGGAACUCAAGGUGGUAGAAACCCGGGCUUUCACCAGCAUCCGGGUACGAGGCAGGCAGUUUAUCUUCGUGGCAAGUUUUGGUGGAGAUACAGCCGUGUAUGAAUAUGUUGAGGAGGAAAGCAUAUGAACUUGGGUACCUAAUAUGGAGAGGGCCAAGAACGUUCUUGCUGAAUCGGCCUUAGUACAGGUGGAGCCUUAGUCUUAUGGUUCCACCCCAGCAGCUAAUGAGCAACCCAAAGAUGUCCUUCUUGUUUGGAGAAGUCUACGUUGAAGGGUUUUAAGAAAAGUCAUGAUGUGUUGUGGGAAAAUGAAAGUGACAUGUGGGAGGAGUUUUGCCAUUGUGACCCUAUCUGAUGUUUCAAAGGGGCGGGCUCAGUAUAAUAAACUGUAAGGAAUCCCCGUCGAGGCCGUCCAUGAACAUUUACAGGUCCACAGGCUGAGGGAUCGGGGCUUUGGAUGUUUAUUUGGUUUACAAAUGGGGACACUUGGCUCCUCAGUCAUACGUUUGUACUAACAGUCACACUGGGGAAAUAUACAUCUUAACUGAAUUUUAUUGAUAUAUAUAUAUAACCAAAUUGUAUUAAAAAGGAAAAAUGUCA